CCCAAAUCUGUUUUGGUAACUCCCCCUCCUAAACAUUCUCAAAUCUCAUCUGUUUUUCAGCCUCUCUACGACUCUCUCUCUCCUCUUCCUCUCUCUUUCUCUCUCUUACCCUUUAUAUGUCCCCCGUUUAUGCAUGUGACUUUCCCACUCAACACAAUAACAAUACAACCUUCUCUUCUCUCCAUAAAAACGACAACUCUCUCUCUCUCUCUCUCUCUCUCUCUCUCUCUUACAUUCUUCAUUCACUGGACUACAACAAUGGCUACAAGAGGGAUGGUUCUCUACCUCAUAACGGGUUUCUCAGCGGCAAUUCUCUCGGUGUUCUUGCUCAACAGCAAGAACGGUUACGACCCUCAUCGCCAAACACUCUUAUCAUCACAAAACUCCCUCCAUCUCUCCAAGGAAAAAUUAGUCUGGCCUGAAUUGGAGUUGAGUUGGAGACUUGUGUUGGCGACAGUGAUUGGGUUUCUGGGCUCGGCUUGUGGGACUGUUGGAGGAGUUGGAGGAGGAGGAAUUUUUGUUCCUAUGCUCACUCUCAUAGUCGGUUUUGACACAAAAUCAGCAGCUGCCAUUUCUAAAUGUAUGAUAAUGGGGGCAUCAGCAUCAUCAGUUUGGUACAAUCUGAGAGUUCCUCACCCAACAAAAGAAGUGCCAAUCAUAGACUAUGAUUUGGCCCUUCUUUUUCAGCCCAUGUUAAUGCUUGGCAUCACUCUUGGUGUGGCUCUUAGUGUUGUUUUCCCUUAUUGGCUUAUCACUGUUCUCAUCAUCAUUCUCUUCCUUGGGACUUCUUCAAGAUCUUUCUUUAAAGGGAUUGAGAUGUGGAAAGUGGAGACCCUUUUGAAGAAAGAAAUGACUGAGCAACAAGAAACUUUUGCCAACUCUCGUGGAGAAC